UGGAAAGUGCAAAUUCCGUUAUUUUUGUACCUGAUUUUUUUUUUUUUAUUCUCAUUUUUUACCCUUUACUUGAACUCUUGCUGUAAUGAUGUGAUUAAUUUGUAUCACACACAUCUGCAUUUGCUUCGGCAUCCGUCCUGUGCAGCUGCCUUGGCGCGUUUAGAGUUUGUCUUGUGUUGGUGGGCGCAACGUAAAGACGACACUUCACUGAACCGAAUAUUUUUGCUGGACUUCAGGCAUCGACUUUGAUCACUUGCUCAGUGGGCGUUUCUAAGCCUCAGAAUGUGGGGCAUUUGCAGCAGAAUGGUAAAGGUGGGGAUGAUAAAACCCGGUGGCCUGGUAAAACCCUGCCACUUGGUGAAGCCAGUUUCAGCAACCCGGAUCACUGGGAGAUACUUGACCCACCAGAAGGGGUUACCCAGUCUUCCUGUCCCCCCUCUGCAGCAGACAUUAGAGCGCUACAUCACAGCUCUGGAGCCCAUAGUGGAGAUGGAUGAGCUGAUGCACACAAAGGAACUAGUCGAUGACUUUCAGAAACCUGGAGGUGUUGGUGAAACACUGCAGAGAGGCCUUGAGAGGAGAGUGCAAAACACAGAAAAUUGGUUGUCAGAAUGGUGGGUGCAGGUGGCUUACCUUGACUAUCGUUUGCCGGUGGUGAUCCAUUCCAGUCCAGGGUUGGUUUUGCCUCGAAUGAACUUCAUUGAUAAGCAGGGACAAAUAAGGUUUGCUGCCAAACUGAUUGCAGGUGUUUUGGAUUUCAAGACAAUGAUUGAUAAUGAGACCAUACCGGUGGAGUACCUGGGAGGGAAGCAACUGUGUAUGAAUCAAUACUAUGAAGUGCUAUCGUCCUGCCGUAUCCCUGGUACGAAGAGGGAUGCUGUGGUGAACCAUGGAAAAAGUUCCAGGCCCCCUAAACACAUUACUGUUGUGCACAAUUUUCAGUUCUUUGUGCUGGAUGUGUACAACAGCGAUGGGUCACCUCUGACUGCUGAACAGCUCCGUGUUCAGCUCGAGCGUAUCUGCAGCUCCUCUGAGAAGACCAACAUGGAGCCUGUGGGCAUCCUCACUACCCAACAUCGUGACACCUGGGGCAAGACUUAUGUUGACCUCAUCAAAGAUCAGACCAACAAAGAAUCCGUGUCGGCAAUUCAAAGAAGCAUAUUCGCGCUGUGUUUGGAUGGGCCGAUGCCUCAAGUGCCAGAGGAUGCUUAUCGGAGCUGUGCGGCAGUGCAAAUGUUGCAUGGUGGAGGGAGUUUAUGGAACAGUGGCAACCGCUGGUUUGACAAAACACUGCAGUUUAUUGUUGGGGAAGAUGGGACAUGUGGGGCCAACUAUGAGCAUGCCCCAGCGGAGGGCCCACCCAUUGUCGCCCUGAUUGAUCAUGUUGUGGAAUACACGAGGAAGCCGGAGAUGUUUCACUCUACCACAGUGCCUUUGCCUAUGCCCAAAAAGCUGCACUUCAACAUCACACCUGAGCUCAAGAAGGAAAUUGAAGAGGCCAAAAAAAGCAUGAAUACACUAGCCGAUGACCUGGAUAUGAGGGUUAUUGUGUUCAGCCACUUUGGAAAAAAUGUUGCAAAAGCCCACAAGAUGAGCCCUGAUGCAUUUAUACAGGUUGCAAUACAACUGGCUUACUACAGGAUGUAUCAGCAUUGUUGUGCAACAUAUGAAAGCGCCUCUCUGCGUAUGUUUCGACUUGGUCGCACUGAUACAAUCAGAUCAGCCUCGAGUGCCUCCGCUGCUUUUGUGAAGUCUUUUGAUGAUCCAAACAAACAGAACAGGGAGAAGGUGGAUCUCAUGGAGAAAGCUGUAAAAGCUCACAGGUCAUAUACCAACAUGGCAAUCAGUGGUCAAGCAAUUGACCGACAUCUACUCGGUCUGAAGAUGCAGGCUGCUGAAGAAAAGAUUUCAAUUCCUGAUGUCUUCAAAGAUCCCUCCUAUGCCAAAGCUUUGCACUACUGUUUAUCUACAAGUCAGGUGCCAUCCAAGACUGACUGCGUCAUGUGUUUUGGCCCUGUUGUACCUAAUGGAUAUGGCGUCUGCUACAAUCCCAUGAAUGAUCACAUCAACUUUGCGAUUUCAUCUUUCAAUGGGUGUAAAGAAACAAAUGCAGCCAGUUUGGCUCAAGCUGUGGAGAACGCACUUGUUGACAUAAAGACACUGCUGGAACAAACACCAAGAGCCAAACUGUGAUGCUGGCUCUGGAUGCAGACCAGAUUUAGUGAACACUGAAAUAACUUGAAGGAAUUGAUCUCAUUUCGUACCUAUUAACGAUACAUAUUUUUAGAGAUGUUCUUUGGCAUAUCGUAAACCUUGUUCAUCAUUUUAACGAGAGUCAAAUCAUGCAUAACCAGAAUGAAAUCACUUCAGCUUAAUAAAUAAUGAUUGUAGUCUGGCUGUAAAAUCAAGGUUAAAGCAAAGUCAGCCAUGGCGCAGUAAACUCAAUUCAGUGAGAUUUUUAUAAUGUCUGAAGACAUUGCAUGACUUUUAUAAUGUCUGAAAACAUUGCAUGACAAACAAAAUGUCCUCUGCAGUCAAAUUAUGCACUACUGUUCAAAUAGUUUUGUUUUCCCCUAGAGAUUUUACUGUCCAGUUUUAAAAGAAUCAAGACUGUGCCUUCAUUUAUGUUGUCACUUGACACUUUGGCCCAUGCAGCACAGAUGUUUACUUUGAAUGGUCAGUCAUCAUUUCUUUUGUACAAGACAAAAUGUAAAUUGUCUUAUAUAAUUGUGUAAAGGUGUUUCUUUGACAAGUUGUGCCACAUGAAAUAUUUGAAUUAAAAUAUUUAAUGAUCUUUUGUAAUA